AAGUGACAAAAAAAGGCCUAAAGUUCCUACUCCUUCCACUCUUCCUCGUCUGGUUUUUGCUCCAUUAUGGAUGCAAGCUUCACAUUCGACGCUCCUAGCGACGAGGAAUACCAAAGCGAAGAAGAAGUGGAAGAGGAGAACGGAGCUCAACAAUCUCAGUCCCCAUGGGAGUUCGCUGCGUAUUCUGAAUCCGUCGCUGAAGAACACGCCCGAAGAAGCACAACUUCCAUAGAUUUCAAGAUUUCCAAAGCUCUCAAAGAACGUGCUGUCCAGAUUUCUAAUCACAUCGACGACGAAGACGCUGAAUUUGAACCGGACAAGCAAGAAAAUUAUCUACCCGAAGAAGUUGACGAUGAGAAGACUGGCGGAGACGCGAAAUCGUUCUUUGCUCCGUCUGAUGGGACUUCGUUUCAUGCGAACUCUUUCAUGGAACUGAAUCUUUCUCGUCCGUUGCUUCGAGCUUGUGAAACUCUGGGAUACCAAAAGCCAACACCUAUUCAGGCAGCGUGCAUACCAUUAGCUUUAACUGGGCGUGAUAUUUGUGGGAGUGCCAUUACUGGUUCCGGAAAGACGGCUGCUUUCACCUUACCUGUGCUGGAAAGGUUACUCUUCCGUCCUAAGCGUAUACAUGCAAUAAGGGUUCUAGUGCUUACUCCAACUAGGGAAUUGGCUGUGCAAGUCCACAGUAUGAUAGAGAAACUUGCUCAGUUCACUGAUAUAAGAUGUUGCCUCGUUGUUGGUGGUCUUUCAACAAAGAUGCAAGAGGUAGCCUUGAGAUCAAUGCCAGAUAUUGUUGUGGCCACUCCAGGGCGUAUGAUAGAUCAUUUACGAAAUUCACAGUCUGUGGGGUUGGAAGAUCUUGCAGUUCUCAUCCUUGACGAGGCAGAUCGCCUUUUGGAACUUGGAUUUAGUGCCGAAAUUCAUGAGCUGGUUCAUCUCUGUCCUAAAGGAAGACAGACCUUGCUAUUUUCGGCUACAAUGACUGAACAAGUUGAUGAGCUUAUCAAGCUUUCUUUAACUAGACCCUUGCGUCUUUCAGCUGAUCCAUCUGCAAAACGACCUGCAAGAUUGACUGAGGAGGUGGUUAGGAUUCGUCGUAUGCGUGAAGCAAAUGAAGAGGCAGUUCUUCUUGCUCUAUGCUCUAAAACAUUCACGUCAAAAGUGAUAAUCUUCAGUGGAACAAAACUGGCUGCACAUAGGUUGAAGAUUUUAUUUGGAUUAGUUGGUUUAAAAGCUGCCGAGCUUCAUGGCAAUCUUACUCAAGUGCAGCGUCUUGAUGCUUUGGAUCUAUUCAGGAAACAGGAAGUGGAUUUUCUCAUUGCAACUGAUGUCGCUGCUCGUGGACUUGACAUAAUUGGUGUUCAAACAGUUAUAAACUUUGCGUGCCCUCGUGAUCUCACUAGCUAUGUUCAUCGAGUGGGUCGUACAGCUAGAGCUGGGCGAGAAGGAUAUGCUGUUACAUUCGUCAUGGAUAAUGACCGAUCUGUUUUAAAAGCUAUUGCAAAGAGAGCUGGAUCAAAGCUGAGGAGUCGAAUAGUUGCAGAACAAUCAAUUACUAAGUGGUCUCAAAUAAUUGAACAAACGGAAGAUCAAAUUGCGGCUAUUCUCCAAGAGGAGAGGGAAGAGAGAGCCCUUAGAAAAGCUGAAAUGGAAGCAACAAAGGCAGAAAAUAUGAUUGCACAUAAGGAUGAAAUCUAUUCACGUCCUAAAAGAACCUGGUUUACAACUGAAAAGGAGAAAAAGCUUCUUGCUAAGUCAGCAAAGGCUUCCAUGGAGAACGGUAAAAAUUCUGAAAAUGAAGUUAUCAGUGCCCAGCAAGCUGAAGACUUGAAAAUGAAGGAAAAGAGAAAGCUGGAGCGCGAGAAAAAUUUGCCACGAAAUAAGCGUCGGAGACUGGAAGCAUCUCGAGAGAGAUUGGAGGAUGAAGAUGAAGCUGACAAGGAGCUAGAACUGGGAAGAAAUGGUAAGGGAAAAGAAGGAAAAUUAUUGGUUGACGUCGCUUAUCGACGGGCAAAAGCUGCAAAGGCUAUGACUAAGGCACAAGUUGCUGGCAAGAUUGUGAAAAGGGCUGGCAAAACAUCAAAACGCCCUCCCCAAAGAACUCAGUCAAGGACAGAAGAGAUGCGUGAAUUAUUCCAGAUUGAUAUGAGUGAAAGGAAACAAAAAAGCACUCAUGCAGCUGGAAAGAAAAAGUCUAAGCAAUUCAAGAGCAAAUCACGGUAUAAACGCAAAUAAAGCAACUAGUUGACAACUUACUUACUGGAGCAUUCUCCAGGCAGCAACUCAGGGGGAAGGGAUGCCUGCUUCAACAUUGAAACGGCCAGCUCUUUCCAUCCUUAUGUUUUCUUCAUUUUUUAAGGUAAUAUUUACGAUAGGUUCUGGAAACUGUAGAUUAUAUAGGAGUAAUCAGGCAUGUUCUUACGUAGUUCUAUCCGUUCCAGAGUCUUAAUUGUAAUCUAUUUAUUUUAGGCGUUUUGUUUUACAAAUCUCCCAUUUUGUUCUGGGGAGAAGAAACUGUAACGAAUUAAUUGGAAUAGUUAGAAAAAAGGGUGAAAAAAAAAUGUAAAAA